AUGUCAAAGCAAUUUGAAGGUGAAUUGUCAAGUUGUGGCCAGAAUGGACAGAACAAAAGUGACGAGCUGAUGGCAGCGGAAUCCCUGGCCAACCACAUGAGGCGCAACAACAGCUUCGUCCAGGAUCUCUUCCAGGCGCAGUAUCGGUCCUCCUUGACCUGCCCUCACUGUGGCAGGCAGAGCAAUACCUUUGACCCCUUUCUGUGUGUGUCACUGCCCAUUCCGCAGAGGACAACCAGAGUGGUCAUUGUAGUCGUCAUCUAUGCUGAUAGGGAUCCCAGGGUGGUCAGGUUUGGCAUUGUCCUGGAGACCUCCGGGAGUGUAGCCGAUCUGAGGUCCAACAUUGCUAGUAACUGCAGUAUAGCAGUCACAAGGAUCGUUUUGACUGAGGUAUAUUUUGAUGGUUUCUACCGAUCGUUUGGCGAUUCGCAACCUCUGAGUGACAUCCACGACGGGGACAGUAUCUACGCCGUAGAAACCCCGCACAAUCCACACAGCAUGCUCCAGAAUAGUCAGGUCAAACCCUACCUCCAUGUCCAUUGCAAUCGACCCGUAGAGGUCAUCACCAUGGUGAUCAUCAACCAACAAGGCACGGGAAGAACAGGAAAGAGGUUUGGUCAGCCAAUGGCAAUUGAAGUGGACAGGAAUGUUUCUCAUGAACAACUCACACUCAUCAUUCUCAAAGCUAUGGGCUGUUCAUCAAACAGUGCAGACAGAAUUAUGCAGUCAGGGCCUGUGCUACAACUGGGUAUAGUGAUAGAUGCCAAGGGUAGCAGGCAUUACAUCCCAGCUGAAGAGGCCAGACCUAUGCACAAUGCAUCAAUAACCAGAAUGUUACAAGGAACCGGCGAAGAAGGAGGACCCCCUCAUGUGAAAGCGAUCGUAGAAUGGGAGCGAGAUCUCAGAUCCAUGUUUUGUCCAAGAGCGAUGAGUAUCUUCAUUGAGGAACAUGAGAGCGUUCAGAGGGAGAGAACAUCCCAUCAGCAGCCGGUCAGGGCAUCACUGUUUGAUUGUAUCGACCUCUAUACACAGGAAGAAAAACUUGGUGAGGAUAAUGCCUGGCACUGCCCUCAUUGUAAACGCCUUCAACAAGGAACAAAGAAACUCACUCUAUGGUCUUUACCGGAGGUUCUCAUUCUUCAUCUCAAGAGAUUCAAACAGGUUGGAGCAGCAAGAACCAAAUUAUCAACUCAGGUGGAUUUUCCUAUUCAUAAUCUGAACAUGGGUCAAUAUAUAGAUUAUAGGAGAAUGUCUCAGGGUCUACCAACCAAUGGCAACUCACAGGCAGCACUUCUGAACUCAUUGACAGCUUGGUCACCAUGGAAACAGCAAGGAGGUCGGCGGAGGUCAUCUACAUUGAUGGGUGAUAAUGUAUAUGAUCUCUAUGCAGUGUGCAACCAUUCUGGCAGUUUAACAGGUGGACAUUAUACAGCAUACUGCAAGAACUCCCUGGAUGGCCAGUGGUACCAUUUUGACGAUGCCAAGGUGGUGCCUGUACCGGAAGAACGCUUGGUAAACAAGGGGGCGUACAUGCUCUUCUACCGUCGGCGCACCCAGACCACCGGUAGUACCAGCACAGAUUGCUCCAUGUCGUCCACCAGCUCGGAUCAUUGGGUUUACAAGUUACCAGCGUACGCCAGACAGUGUAGUAAUACGUCGUCAGGACAGGACAGUGUCUUCUCAUCGGGUGCUUCGUCCCACGAUGGGAGCUCACCUAUGACAGAGACCCCGCCCUCAAGCGCAUGGGGAUCUGGUCCUACACCCCACCCUGCCCCCACUGGCCAAUUAGGCAGGCCAGACCCUCAGAGGGUUGACCUACCGGAGUGGUAUAACCACAAUGGAGUGGAAGCUGUGGACAGUGUCAGUACUAGGGCAAAGAACAAUGGGAGGUUGACCCCAGGUCAAAGGUCGUGGCAUGGGUCAAGAGACCUCUUAGAAGAUGAUGAGAGUGCAGGCUUUUCAACAAACUCCAGACCAUUUGUCCGAGGCGUUGCAGGGCCACAGAGACAAAGGGCUUUACAUAAACCAUGGGAGACCAGUGAGAGUGACAAUGACAGUGUGCUCACUGAAUCAUGUGUAUGACGUAGGGUUUCAUAAGCAUAGGAUCUGUCUAGCAUAGGGCAGUAUGUAUCAGGGGAGUGUUUCAUCAACAUUUUUAUCUGACAAGUAGUCAGAUCUGACAUCUUUCUCUGAUGUUGAUUGGCUGAGAGGUACUGUUACUAUGGUAACUGUUGGAUAAAAUGGGACCUGUCGGAUAAAACGUCCGACAAGUCCUUUCAUGAAACGCUCCCCAGACAUAAGGUUUUUUAUAAUGGGUUUUUCAAUGAAGUGGAAACAAGAUUGCAUCCUCUCUAUGGCAAGACAUUGGUCUUCACUAGUAAGAGUGACAAUGACAGUUUGCUGAUGGAAUCAUGUUUACGACGUAGGGCUUCAUGAGCAUAGGAUCUGCCUAGCAUAGGGCAGUAAAUAUCAGGCAUAAGGUUUUUGAUAAUGCGGUUUUCAAUAGUGUAUAAAUCAAAUGGUAUCCUCUUUAUAAAGGCCUUUGUAUAAACCAUGGCAGACCAGUUAGGGUUAAAAAAAAACAGUGUGCACAAUGAAUCAUGUGUAUGACACAGGGUUUCAUGAGCAUAGGAUCUGCCUAGCAUAGGGCAGGCAUAAGGUUUUUGAUAAUGGGGUUUUCAGUGAAGUAGAAACAAGAUGGCAUCCUCUUUAUGUCAGGAUAAAGGUCUUUACAUACACCAUGCGAGACCAGUGAGAGUGACAAUGGCAGUAUGGCAGUAUGCACACUGAAUCAUGUCUAUGACAUAGGGUUUCAUGAGCAUAGGAUCUGCCUAGCAUAGGGCAGGCAUAAGGUUUUUGAUAAUGGGGUUUUCAGUGUAAAGUAGAAACAAGAUGGCAUCCUCUUUAUGCCAAGACAAAAGUCUUUACAUAGACUUUGGAUGACUAGUGACAAUACUCACUGAAUCAUGUGAAUGACAUAGGGUCUCAUCCAUGCUGUCUACCAUGGCUAGGGUAGUAUCUAUCGGGCAUGAGGUUUGUGAUAAAAGGGUUUUCAAUAGGAAGUUCACUUGUCAAACAAGGAUUAAUGUGUAUCUUGCACUAUUUGGAUGAUAAUGUGAUUUAGACAAGUUUGAUUUAUUGUUCAUUAGGAGAUUUUUGCCACUUAAUUAUGUGGUUUUCCUUCACGUUAGCAGUGUGUGGAUUGAAGACUUUCCAUUAGAGGGGCAGAGCUUUUUCCAUAUCAGUCCUCCAUCAAAGUUGCUUUUGAAACUGUGGUAUAAAGCCAGGGGUUAUUCAGGUUUCAUUCAUUGAUUUAAGGUGUUCUCCAGGAUAAAAAUGAUAUAAUUUGACCAGAUAAAGGGAAAAAAAAGAUAAAAAAUCAACUUACAUUUAAUACAUGUUUGACCUUUGCUUUACUAUAUAUAUAUAAUAAUUUUCAGCACAGAGUAUCCCUUUUAAAUGUUGUGGCAUCACUAUGUCAUCCUCUAUGACAAAUGUUCCACAUUUUAUCUGUUCAGUUAAAUACAUGUAACAAUUGAUUUCAAGCAGAAAAAGUAUGUGUUGGGAUGAUCUGUAAACAUGCAAAGAUAUAUGACAAUGCAGUAAUGCAUGGCUUUACACCAGCUGGAAAUACGGAGAGCCAGUCUAAACUCUCAAUAGACCUUAUAUGCAUGAUGUCAUCGCGCCACCAUCUUAGAGGCUGAGGCCAUUGCCUUGCAUGCAUUGGUGAUCUGCAGCUGGCGCAUCUCUGACAACUGUGUUCAUGCAUAUUCCUAUAUCAUCUGAGGGAGGGCGCUAUGAAAUUAUGAUGCCAUAUGCAUUAGGUCUAUAUAUUUUAAUCUUAUGUCGAAGUAAAAGUCCAAAAUGAUGCCAUUUGCAUAAGGUCAAUAUAUUUUAAUCUUAUGUCGAAGUAAAAGUCCAAAAUGAUGCCAUUUGCAUAAGGCCAAUAUAUUUUAAUCUUAUGUCGAAGUAAAAGUCCAAAAUGAUGCCAUUUGCAUAAGGUCAAUAUAUUUUAAUCUUAUGUCGAAGUAAAAGUCCAAUAUGAUGUCAUAUGCAUAAGGUCUAUAUAAUUUAAUCUUAUGUCGAAGUAAAAGUCCAAAAAGAUGGUCAUGACUGCCAUUAUUAGAAUCGAUCAAUCAUUGUGAAUGCAUAGGAUAUUUCUUGCCACAUUUAAAUUGAGAGUAUUACAGAAACAUUCAAUCUUUGUUAGAUAAAUGCUAGAGAAAGACAUUUGUAUGUGAUUGUAAUUACAGAUAAGGAACAAAAUUUCAAAGUAAUGCAUCUCUUUUUUAUUGUGCCAAAGAUACAUUGUUAAAUAUCGUUCACAUGUGCAAGCAAUAUUGUAUUCCACAGCCAAGAAAAUGAAUGGUUUCUUUAAUUGCUUCAUUAUAAUUAUGUAGGUUUUGUAUUCGAAAUUGUAUUUUUGCAAUAGUUUUUGUGUAUUUACAGCCCUGUUGUCUGUGUUUCUGAAGAAUCAAAGUCGUCAUGUAAUUGAAGAUUAGAUUUGAUCGGGUUGUAGUGGUAAAAUGGUAAUUCCUCGGUUUAUUUUCUCUUUCAAUUUCAUAUCAUGCAUUUAGAAUGAAUCUAUUCAGGUGUAGAUUCUGCUUAUAGAAGUUCCCAUAGCCACAAAAUGAAGCAUUUGAAUAUUCUGAAAUUUAGGGUUGUCAAUGUGAAAUAUUGUCCUAACCAUUUCAGGUGAACAGGCCUCCAGAUGAAAUCACACAUAGGACAUCCUAACAUAUGGGCCCAUAUGCUUUAGGGCAGUCUUCAUGAUCCUAGUUUAUGGACACUUGCAUGCCUACGCACAAUGUAUGCACUACAAUAUUGUUGGGACAUUUUAUUUGUCAUUAUAAGUAUGUCUUGCAAGCUUAUGUGUUCAUCAGGCAAUACCUAUUUUGAAGAAAAAUAUGCAUAAAGGCCACCGCACACCUUACGACCUGACUGAUCUAUGACUGAUCUGCGACUGAGUGAGGGGGGAUAAAUCGUAAGGUAGUCAUAAUCCUCAACACCGCACACCUUGCAAUCUGACUAUGCUAAUCUGCGACUCAUGCAUGCACUUUUUGCUUUUUGCCAUAUCACCUGAGAUAAUGAAGCGUACUACUGCGUAUGCGCGUUGCAUAUCAUGUAUGCAUCAGUAUUUAAGUGCGACUCUGCUGUUUGAUUGGCUGGAAGUUGGAUUAAGCUUGCAAUCCAGUUGUAAGGACUGAGUAUGUUAAAUCCUUUAUGAUUUUCCUUGGGAUUUGUCUCUAACCGGUCUGCAACAUUCAAGCUGAACAAAAGCUAUGACAUCACAUUUCCCUUCAAUCAGUUGCAGACCAGUUGGGUUGUAAGGUGUGCGAUAGCCUUAAAUGUUGAUUGAGCUGCUUGGAAGUUAUUUCUGAAAUUGUGAUGUGAAUCAAUAUUCAAAUUUUAAAAAAUCUGUUUCUUUGCUGUUGAUCAAAAUUAAUUCAAUAAUUUCUAGUUCUUUGAUGUUAAUGAACAUAGAAACAGUAAAUUAUAUCUAGUAGAUGUCUUUAUGAAUGAUCCAAGUGCAAUUAUGUAUAACAUGCUGACAUGUUAAAUGAAGAGAAUGUCACAAUGUGUUUAUUUGAAGGUUCUGAAUAUGAUUUUUUUUUUCAUGAUGAAUAUUUGUCAUGUUACUUCAUAGUGAUUCCAUAUUUAUCUUAGCCAUUAGUUGCUAGUCAUUUUUUCCAGAUAAAAAAUAUUUCAUUUGCUAUUUGUUCCAUCAUAAGUACUCUGUUGUGUUUGGAGAGUUUUCCCAUUCUAUAAGUUGCCAUGGAAACAGAAUAUUCCAGUUUCCAUGGCAACUCAUUUAGCUUUUUGUAUUAAACUCUGUAGUGCAGUUCAGAUUCCCUCUUGCCAAUGUAAAAAAAAAAAAGAAAUGUAAAUUUUUAUCAAUUAAUCAAUCUAUGAGAAUAAGAAUUGAUUGAAU